AUGCGCGACACCGUCCGGGACAGCGACGCAGGCUCUGGCCUCCUAUCAAUGAGCGCGCUGUGGUGGGUGGUGAACAGGAUGGAUCGCCUGACCGGCGACGACCGUCGCAGUGCGACCAGCAUGGACAAGGUCCUCGUUUCAGGGUUGAAGGAGCUGCGGAUUCGGAUGAUCACAUACAUCAAGGAACACGUCGCACGCAAACGGUCAGGCCAUGUCGGAGUUGCUGCCGAUGCCUGUGACGACGACGCCGCGGAGUCCCCUUCGGCAUCCCAAACAGUCGGUGUCGCCGACACCAGCGGAGAGGCCGGAGACGGCGUCGACAAGGCAGAUGAAGAGGCAGAAAGGGCUGUGGCGAGGACCGCAGAUCAGGAAGAGGAGGAGGAUGACACCGACGAUCAGGAUGAUAACGAGGAGGAUCGUGAGGAGCGUGAGCAGGGGCAUGGGCAGGAGGAGGAGGAGGAGGAGGAGGAGGAGGAGGAGGAGGAGGAGGAGGAGGAGGAGGAGGAGGAGGAGGAGGAGGAGGAGGAGGAAGAGGAGGAGGAUGAGGAGGAGGAGGACAAGGAGGCGGCGGCGGCGGAGGCCGUGGAGCAGGGUUUCGGGUCGGUGGAGCAGGUGGCGGAGGGGGAGAAGCAGCAAGAGGGGGAGGAGGAGGUAGAGUUCCCCUGGGUCGAAUUCGAGAUGGAGGAUGUUGAGGGAGCGGCGGCGGUGGCCGUGGAGGGAGCGGCGGCAGCCGUGGAGGGAACGGGUGGGAUGUCGGCGGAUGUUGUGUACGUGCGAGGGGAGGGUGCCGAUGUGGAGAAUGUCGGCAUGGAGGAGGCGCACGUGGUCGGCAAUGUGGUUGGCGAUGCAAAGGAGGAGGAUAACGCCGCCGCCCUGACGCCGACAGGCGUGGAGACCACCACAGGGAACGCAGGGGUGGAACCCCGGGGUGGAGCGGUAGAGGCGGGCCGUCAACCGGGAUCCUCAGCAGCUGGUCGGCAGGCAACGCCGACCGUCGUCGCGCAGCUGCGACAGGAGAACAUGUGGUUGAGGGCUGAAAAUGCUCGUCUCGAGAUGGCGCUAAGAGUGGAGAGGGGUCGGGAGGACAGGUUUGCGAUGGGGAUUGGCCGCCUCGUGGACAAGCUCAGGUCGUUGGCCGACCAGGUCGCUGCCUCCGACCAGGACGCGUCGAGUCGGCUGAUGGACGCGUCCUUGACCAUGGCGACGACCGUGACGGAGAACAUCACCGCCAACAUGGGUGAAACAUGGGAUGCGAUGAAGGCGUACGCCAAGAGGGCGGAGAGCUGGUUGGAGGAUCUAGAGAAUCCGGAGGGGUUUAUGGCGGUGCAACGUGCGAACGCGGUCGUUGCCAUGGGCAACCACGUGGACGAAGCGAGGAAGGGAUUGGAGGAAUACAUAUCGAAGCACCUAGUCGCCGCGCAAACCAACAUCGCCGCCGCGGUAACUCAACGCGUCGCCGUCCCGCCGCCCACGCCGCCCGCCCCACCGCCAGCCUUCCCGGACGAGCUGAUGAAGUCUUUCAAGGCAGACGUGUUGAAGGCGGUGACUGAGGCCACCCAACAGUCGUUUGUUGCGUCCGGGUUAAACCUCAUGACCCAGGUGAUCGGCCAUCUGGCGCCUGGUCGGCAUGGGUCGUCACCGUCGGACAACGAGGCCGACACGAAGGGUGCGAAAAGGGCGGGCGGCGGAGAUGAUGCAUUGAGCUCGAAGCGGAGCAAGGGAGCUGAUGGGAGCCGCGGCGUCGACCAGGUGGGUCCAGGCGGCUCGCGGAGCAAGGGAGCCGAUGGGAGCGGAGGUACGAGCAUGGUCGACCAGCUCAAGAAGAACGGGGCCAAGGUGAUAAGGAUGCACAGCAAGGGCGAUGGAAUCAGGAGUGCAGAGGGGGGCCCUGCCGACCAGGUUGUCGCUCAAGAGGCUGGACCAACAGCCCCGCCAUUGGUCGCCGAGAAGACGGCUAGUCUAGCGACCGCACCAUCGGCGAUAGAUGGCGGCGCCAAAACCGUCAAGGGACCGUUCGGCGGAGUGGCGGGGACCACGUCGAUCCCCAGCAAACCCCCUGCGGCUAGCAGCGCGCCGGUCGCCCCGUCAGCCGCCAACAACGAUGGGCCGUCCCUUGCGGCUACUCCAGCACCAGCAGGCACGUCUGCCGCCAAGGUUGACGCGGUGAAUGCUGCGGCUAACCGCGCUGGUCCGUCCGCCCCAAAGGCGAACGCGCUCAGGGAGAUGCCCAGCCGCAUGGAGACCCAUCGACAGGACGUGCAGCAGCCUCCCGUGGUCGGUACCGCGCCGGCCACAACAGCACGUCGCUCGGUCACUCCCCAGGUCGCCGCCACAACGUCCAGUGCCCCACCUACCGCGCCUAUCAUCGCCGCCCGUCCUCCUGUGGACCCAAAGUCCGCGUUGCUUCGCGCCCGGUUAGGCGCACGUACUGCGGCAGCGCCAGCACGGGCUCAGCCGGUAUCCAGCUCAUGCGCGACGCCGACGUCGGUGACCGUAGCUG